UUAAGGCAAGGACAGGCACCACACAUUCUUGCACACAUCCCUUUCGCCUAGGCUAUUCUGCUGGGGAGGGAUAGCCAAGCCGGAUGGUGGACGGCAAAGGGGUCGGGCCCCGCUUGGGUUGAUCCCAGAUUCUGGGAAGGGAUACCCCCGGGUAACCCCACGGAGUCUCCUGGAACCUUCCUACCUCCAUUCAAAAAGUGAGGAAGGCAGAUACAGUAUUAGAACAGGACAGUCUAGUCCGGGGUUAGGACUUGAGGUCCAGCUUGGCGGGUGGCUAGACAAGGGAAGGUCCUGGUGCCCAGGGAGGGGAUUCUAAUACUAGGGACCCUGGCUGCGUCGAAAAGGGUGCUCAAGAGUCUCUAGGGUAGAGGCAAGGCGCGGGGGUACAUUUAGGUGGUGUGAAUGUAGUUAGUUUACCCGGGUAAAAAGAGAGAGAGAGAGUGAGAGGGAGAGUGAUUGAGAAAGGGUAUAAGUUAUAAAAAGGGGGGGAAAAAAGACUUAAGUUAAAGUUAUUUAUUCAGUUGAAAAAAGACGAAAAAUACUUGAUUUACUUGUAGAUUUGUGUUGCCCGUCAGUAAAUUUCCGUUUGGGUAGGGGCACAUUUGGGAUCUUAGUUUAGUUAUUUAAGGAUGGGUCAGUGUGUUAGUAAAACAGGGAUCCCUUUCAAAGGAAAAAAGAAGAUAAAGAGUAUUCCAUUAGAUAGUCCACUUGGACAGUUAUUAGACCAUUGGGAUUCUCAAGAAGCCACUAAAACCCUUGACCAAGUUAGAAUGAUUUAUUAUUGUACAGAGAUUUGGCCAAAGCUGAAAUUACAAGGAAGGUGGCCAUGGUAUGGAACUCAUGAUCCAUGGAUGUGUUCCCAACUGAACCAGUUUUUGCGAACUCAGGAGAAUCCCGAUAUAGAACAACUAACAUAUGCCGCCUGUUGGCAAGGUGGGGUUGUGAGUGAAGGGAGCGUGAAGAUCUGUAAAUUAAAGAAAAAAGAAGAAGAUAAGGAGGAAAGUGAAGGGGAACAAAGAGUCACUAAGACCUGGGAUCCCCUAGAUCACCUACCACCUCCUCCUCCAAUUUACCCAGUCCUAAACCCCAAUUCUAUACCUGCUCCCCCAACAGUAAUUCCACUGCCACCUCCUCCUAAUGCCCCUAUGCAGGACCCUCUACCUGUUCCUCCAACAGUGAUUCCACUGCCACUUCCUCCUAACGCUUCUGGGCCAGAUCCCAAUCCGGUACCUACUCUUCCAGCAGCAAAUCUAGUCCCUCCUACACUCUAUCCCUCAUCUUCAACCGCUCCUUUAACUUCACCUCCUUCCAACAUUCCUAACCCUAGACUUGAGCCCUCAUCUUCCCCUAUGGUUACUCUUUCAUCCUCCCCCAGUCAUGAUACAUGUAUGCCACCCUCUGUACAUCCUCCAUUAUUAUCCCCAAAUAUAGCUCCUGACGUUAAUACUAUGAAUUUACCUCCUUCCCCCUCACCCAUAUCUAUUCCUUUACCACCCGCCAAUUGGAAACUGAGUUCGUCCCCUUUGUCCAGUAACGAACAAGACUCCGUUUCCCAGGUGACCACCCAAACUGACUAUAGUAUUGAAGGCCCUUGGUGUAACACUAGGUCAAAGACAUCGAAACCUGAAAAAAUGAUGCCUCUCAGGGAAGUCCCAAUGGGUGGGAUGAUAGGAGGGGUAGGAUUUGUAAAUGCACCACUCACAGCUUCGGAAGUCCGAGGGUUCAAGAAGGAGUUAGGAAAUUUAGUAGAAGACCCAGUGGGCAUUUCAAACCAAGUGGACCAGUUCCUUGGACCCAAUAUUUACACCUGGGGAGAACUCAAUUCUAUACUCAAUAUCUUGUUUUGUCCUGAGGAGGUUAGGAUGAUCCGAGCAGCGGGAAUAAGGAUUUGGGAAAAGGAGAAUAGAGUUGGACCCCCUGGAGACCUUAAGAUGCCUUUGGUAGAUCCAGGAUGGGAUCCAAAUCGGGAGGAGGGCAGGAGGAACAUGAGAGAUUACAGGUCUCUGAUAAUUAAAGGUAUAAAGGAGUCUGUCCCUCGUAGUAGUAACACUAAAUUGGCUUUUGAGGGUACCCAAGAGAAAGAUGAGACUCCAGCGAGUUGGCUUACUAGACUGAGGAGGAAUUUUCAGCUAUACUCUAAUAUAGAUCCCGAUAGUCCAGAAGGACAAGUACUUUUAAAAGUGCAGUUCGUUACCAAAUCUUGGCCCGACAUUAGAAGAAAGUUGGAAAAAAUUGAGGAUUGGCAAGACAAAUGUAUAAAUGACUUGCUAAAAGAGGCUCUGAAGGUUUACUUAAGAAGGGAAGAGGAGAAGGCCAGGGCAAAAGCUAAAAUAAUGGUAGCUGUGGCUCGGGAAAGCAUCGGGGCGGAUAGUAAUUCACCGGUACGGUCCCCGGGAAUAGACCAAAACAAGCCACCUCCAUCGGUGGGACGAUAUUGGGAAAAGCCAGGAUUUAGAAAGGAUGGAGAAAGAUCAAGGAAGAUAGAAGGAGUACCCAGUGACAGGACCUGCUAUUAUUGCGGGGAGGUUGGACACUUUAGGAGAUAUUGCAAGAAAUUGCGACUAGAUGAAGCAAUUGUGCAAGAACAGGAAGCAUUAGAACGGGUUUUGAGGGGUGAUGACUAGGGGUGUCAGGGGCUUUAUCUAUUAGGGGAUCCAAUAAGACACCAAGAAGAGCCCCUGGUAAAUUUUAAUGUGGGUCCCCAAGAUGAAGACUUUGAAUUCCUUGUGGAUACAGGAGCUGAUAGAUCAAGUAUUAAUAGACUGCCAAUGGGGAUGACUCCUGGAAAUAAGAUCUGUGAAAUAUUAGGAGCAGAAGGGAAACCGUUUUUAGCACCAGUUGUUGAAAAUGUAGAAAUAAAAGGAAAUUCAAGACAAUGUACAGUAGAUAUUAUCUAUUUGCCAAAACUAGAAACCAAUUUGUUGGGAAGAGAUUUACAAGUCCUGUUGGGAGUAGGGAUUGUACCAGAUAACGGGAAGAUGGUCGUUAGACUCAUGAGGUUAACUCAAAAGGACUUAGAGGAGAUUCACCCCGAGGUGUGGGCUGAAGAGGGAAAAUAUGGAUAUUUAAACAUUCCACCGAUAAAGGUAGAAAUGCAAAAAGACAUUCCUCCCAUACGGGUAAAGCAAUACCCCAUAUCAUCAGAUGGAAGGAAGGGACUGGCACCAGUGGUUGAACAUCUAUUAAAGGAAGGCAUCCUCGAACCCUGCAUGUCCCCCCAUAAUACCCCCAUACUAGCCAUUAAAAAGACCGAAGGAAAAUACAGGUUAGUCCAAGAUCUGAGAGAGGUAAAUAAGAAGACUAUUGCAAGAUACCCCGUAGUGCCUAAUCCUUACACGUUGCUAAGUCAAAUCCCGAGAGAACAUGCUUGGUUUACUAUCAUAGACCUGAAGGAUGCUUUUUGGUCUUGUCCCUUGGCAGAGGAUUGCCGGGAUUGGUUUGCAUUUGAGUGGGAACAUCCAGAUAGAAACCGGAAAAUGCAGUUAAGGUGGAACGCGCUUACCACAGGGAUUUACUGAGUCCCCUAACCUGUUUGGGCAGGCACUAGAAGAGCUAUUAAAUCAAUUCCAUCCUAACGGAGAAAUAAAAUUGUUGCAAUAUGUAGAUGAUCUAUUAAUCUCUGGGGAACAGAAAAGCGAAGUCAGAACUGCCAGUAUACAACUAUUAAAUUUUCUAGGGGAAAAGGGGCUGAAGGUAUCGCGAGAUAAGUUGCAAUUUGUAGAAUCGGAAGUCACCUAUUUAGGACAUGUGAUUGGAAGGGGGUAUAAGAAAUUAAGUUCUGAAAGAAUUACAGGAAUUCUUUCCAUCCCAGCUCCAAAAACUAAGAGAGAUGUAAGAAAACUCCUGGGAUUAUUUGGGUACUGUAAAUUGUGGAUAGAUAAUUACACACAGAGAGUAAAAUUCUUGUAUAAUAAAUUGGUAGAUCAAGAACCAAUCAAAUGGACAAUAGAUGAUGACUGGCAAUUACAAGACCUAAAGAAUAAAUUAUCUUCAGCCCCUGUACUAAGUUUGCCCGAUCUUAGUAAGGAAUUUGAUCUAUUUGUAAGUGCAGAAGAAGGAAUCGCCUAUGGGGUACUUACCCAAGAAUGGGGAGGAUCACGAAAACCUGUAGCAUUUCUGUCCAAAUUACUAGAUCCUGUAGCCCGGGGGUGGCCAACUUGCCUGCAAGCGAUUGCAGCUGCAGCAGUCUUGAUUGAAGAGGCCCAGAAAUUAACAUUACAAGGAAAAAUUAAAGUGCAUACACCGCAUGAUCUCAGAACUGUUCUUAGCCAAAGGGCCCAACAGUGGCUCACGGAUUCUAGGAUUUUAAAAUAUGAGAUCAUCCUGAUAGAUACUAAGAAUCUGGACCUUGCUACCUCUAAGUGCCUUAAUCCUGCCCAAUUUCUUUUGGGAGAACCCGUGAACAACCUAGAGCAUGAUUGCCUAGAGUUAAUACACAUGCAAACAAAGGUGAGAGAAGAUCUUGGGGAUGUACCCUUACCUUAUGGGAGAGUCUUGUUCACAGAUGGAUCCUCUAGAGUAGUCUCUGGGAAAAGAGCUUCUGGGUAUGCGAUAAUAGAUGGUAAAAAUAUGGAAGUUGUAGAAAAGGGGAAGCUGUCUUCGAAUUGGUCAGCACAGUGCUGCGAAGUAUUUGCAUUAAAAAGGGGACUAGAUCUGUUAGAAAAAGAUAGCGGCACUAUAUAUACUGACUCGCAAUAUGCAUUUGGCAUCGUACACACCUUUGGCAAAAUCUGGGAAGAGCGUGGAUAUUUAAAUUCUAAAGGGAAAAAUCUAGUACAUACAGAACUAAUAAAGUUAGUAUUAAAAUCUUUACAAAAGCCAACAGAAAUAGCAAUAGUGCACAUCAAAGGACACCAGAAAGUAGAUAAUUUUGAGAUAAAAGGAAACAAACUUGCUGACCAAAAGGCUAAGGAGGCAGCCUUAGAAAUAGGAGAACCAAUUAAGAUCUUCAAGCUAGAAAGGAAAGCCAGACAACAAGAAGACGAAGUAAGGCCAAUCUUUAGUGAGAAGGAACGAAAAGCGAUAGAGGAAUUGAAAUUACACCAAGGGGAACGUGGUGAAUGGUUAACUCAAGAUGGGAGGAGGUUUCUAAACCAGGCAUUAGCACGGAAGAUAUUAACAGAAAUCCACGAAUUAACACAUUGGGGAACCCAGGGACUAUGCGACCACUUCUUGAGAGAAAACAUAUGCAUUGGAGUGUAUGAAUUAGCUAGGACAAUAACCAAAGGGUGUGUAAUCUGCCAAAAAGUUAAUCAAAAAGUAAUGAGAAGAAUAGAACCUGGUGGAAGAGAAUUGGCUCUAAGACCAUUCCAAAAUAUACAGAUAGAUUUCACUGAAAUGCCCCUAGCACAGGGAUAUAAGCAUCUAUUGGUAAUAGUAGAUCACCUCACCCAUUGGGUGGAAGCUUUCCCCACCAAAAAGGAAACUGCAGAGGUGGUCGCAAAGAUAAUCCUGGAAGAAAUCAUUCCCCGGUAUGGUUUAGUAAACACGAUUGAUUCUGAUAGAGGGCCUCACUUUGCUGCUCAGGCCUUACAACGAAUAAUUGAAGCCUUGGGGAUGAAAUGGAGACUACACACUCCAUGGCAUCCCCAGAGCUCGGGCAGAGUUGAAAGGAUGAAUAAAACACUUAAAAAUGUGUUGACAAAGUUAAUAUCUGAGACCAAAUUAAAUUGGCUAAAGUGCUUGCCCUUAGCCUUAUUACGUAUUAGAACAAGACCUCGAGCAGACAUAGGGGUUUCCCCCUAUGAGAUGAUGUUUGGGCUUCCCUUCUUAUUGUCCCCCUACAGUACUGGAAAUUAUCUAGAUGGAGAAGAAGCUACACGGAAGUAUUUAGGAGUAAUUGGGAAAACGUUGGAGGACCUCAGAAAAAAGGGAUAUAUACCUCAAACCUCUCCUCAUGAUACAAAUGUUCAUGAUAUUCAUCCUGGGGAUUGGGUACUAAUUAAAUCAUGGAACAAUACGCCUCUAAUGCCUAAGUUUGAAGGUCCCUUUCAGGUGUUGCUGACCACUCACACGGCGGUAUUGACUCAAGAAAAGGGUUGGACACAUAUUACUAGAGUUAAAGGGCCGGUAACACCUCCCAACGCAGGAUCCAACUCCCUUGAUCCAUCUACCGGACCAGUAGAAGGAACCUCAUCUACCAGUUCGCGGGAAUGGACUGUAAUCCAGAACCCGACAGAUCUAAAGAUAACUCUUAAGAGAAACCCGAGGACUGACAAAGACUGAAAGUGAAAUCAGAGAGUUAUGUCUAUAAAAGUUCAGAAAUUUGUUGUAAUGUUGUUAGUGUUCUAACAGUUAAGAAGUUAAAAUUAUUCCCUAUGGAAAAUUAAUGAAAAUUAAAUUCUCCUACUGAGCUUUCCUAAAAAGGGGCAGUGAAAAUUAGUAAUUAGAGAGUGAAACAGCUAGUGUAAAAGGACUCUUAUCAGACCUCUAAGAAGACCUUAGAUCCAAGAGGCAAGACCGGAGGGAGCAAACAGGGGAGAAAUGGCCCCUACCGGACUCUUGGGGAAACUGGUACUGGUGCUAGUGAUGAGUGCUGCUCUUAGCAGAGACGAUGACCCUUGCACCAAAUGUUAUCAUCCUAUCUAUGAUGGGGAAGACCUGAGGUCCUUCUUUAGAGUCCAUACCAACAUAAACCCGAGCUGUUUUAAUCACUCUCAGUUAAUUACCUGUCGAGAAGAUGGGAAAGUAUAUUGGACUACCAGGAAUACAGCCACUUAUAGGCAACGCCUGCUUGGGGAGUGCCCAGUAGGAGAAUCCUGGUUUUGUUUUGAACAUGAAGGAUUGAAAGACUUGGUAAAGGAAAAACAGCUGAUAAGGGAGAGAGAAAUCCCGGAUGCUCCCUUAGAGAGAAAUUUAUUUAUAGAUCUAGUGGAGAAAAUAAGCAAAGAGUUAAACUUAACUGAAUGCUGGGUUUGCGGAAGUACUCAAAUGACAGAAAUUUGGCCAUGGGAGGGAAUUAGCCUAAGCCCACUAGAAAUUCUAAGAUGGAAACAAACAAAAUUAGAUUAUGAAUCUUUGACAUCCCGUGGAAAAGAAAAAUGGAAUUUAAAAUCAAGAGUAGUAGGUGAAGAAUGUAUACUGAGAAUAGGAAAAAGAUACAACACCCCUGUAGGAAAAAUGGCAUGUAAAAGGUAUAUAAUGAUAAGGGAACAAGAUUCCAAAUGGGUCCCAAAGGAACCCAAUACAUAUUGGGCUGUUGGAAAAACUGAGACAGGAUGUAUAUAUCAUGAAGGAUAUAAGCUCCAUAAAUGUACAGGAAAAAGAAUAAAUCCCUUCUGGGGGAUUAGGGAACUAUCAAAAUUCUGGGAAUUGCCAGGUGAAACUGAGGAUGAGUUCUGGCAAGCCCCAGAAUAUUUGUUCUGGAUCUGUGGAAACACCGCUUACACCAGGUUACCUGGAGAUUGGAUGGGGAGUUGCACCAUAGGGAUCAUUAAACCAGCCUUUUUCCUAUUGCCUAAGAAAUCAGGAGCACACUUAGGAGUCCCGGUAUAUGAUGACUUACGGAAAGAUAAUAGAAAGAAAAGAGAUGUAAUUGACAUGGGAGGUACACAAGUAUGGAGAAGUAAAGUAUGGACUCCAGAAGAAAUUAUUCAAACAUAUGGGCCAGCCACAUGGGCUCAGGAUGGAUCCUGGGGCUACCGUACCCCUAUCUAUAUGUUAAAUAGGAUAAUCAGGCUCCAAGCAGUACUGGAAAAAGUUUCAAAUCGAACAGCGCUAGCAUUCGAACAUAUAAGUGACCAAUUGUCCCAAACGAGAACAGUAAUUUAUCAAAUUAGGUUGGCAGUAGACUACUUAUUGGCAGAUGAAGGAGGAAUAUGUGGAAAAUUCAACUCGUCUGAGUGCUGCUUGGAGAUUGAUGAUAAAAGUACAGUAAUAAAAAAUAUCUCUAAGGAAAUCCGCAAACUGGCCUAUGUUGGAAAUCAGGAAUGGACACCUCUAAUAAAUAGUAACUGGUGGGAUGAGUUCUGGUCCUUUAAAGGAACAUGGUGGAAAAAGGCUGCGUUUAUAACCAUCUGUUCAAUAACCGGUUUGGUGUUUUUACCUUGUCUGUUCCCUUGUCUAGUCAAAAUACUAACUUCCACAGUACAGGCAAGUAUUCGACGUCUUGAAGUAAAUACUCAAAAACAGGCAAAAAUAAUGUUGAUGGAAAGCCAGAGGCCAAACCACGAGACGGCAAAAGAGAUAUAUAAUAAAUAUCAAAAACUCAGGAAAUUUUAUUUCCAAGAGCAAGAAACAGCAAAUUGAUGCGGGCAUCAGCCCGAUCAAAGGAAUAGAGGGGGGAGUUGUAAUGGACAAU